UUCGGGUGGGCCGUCAUCCUUGAAUUUGACGUAACCAUCACGCUACAAUGGCGGUCAAUAAAAUAUACGAUUAACUAGAAAUUAGCUAAAAUGAAACUACUCAACGAACGUGACUUGUUAGGACGCUCGCUCUGCUGCUGACAUUUGUCCACGUCUCCAGGGCUUUUUUCCAGACACCCAGACUCUGAGAGCCAUGACCCAGAGACAGCCUUUCCCUCUGGUCUUCUGCGGCGGGGAUAAGUCCAUCUGCAGGACCCGGCGUGCCCAAUUUAACCCAUCCGUCACUGACUGAAGGACUGCCGAGACAGACAGCAAGGUUCCUUGGGUCUUCAGGUCACAGGAUCAGCUGGAGCCAGUGGAAGGAACGGAAAAGAGCUGCAUGUAACAUCAUUUUGCAAAAGCAAUGGGAGCUGUGGCUGCGGGGACGGUGGGGAGCCUGGCCCUAAUAACCAGCAGGCCCAGAUAGCAUCGCUUGUGUUUUCCCCGGCUGGAAAUUGGUCACAGAGGCAGUCAAGGUCGUCCACUGAGAGACAGUGUCUGGCUGAGGAAAGAUCAAAGAGGCCGGGACCCUCCUCGCGACGAGAUAAAGGUUGCCAUCGUCUUCCUCCGUACGACCACCUUCCACCACGUGACCACAUGAAAGGGUCGGCCAUGUUUCCCAGGCUUCCUCUUUAUCUCCUCACUCUUCUCCCAGUCCUGCUGGUGCAGAGCAGCACGACCUCCUCCCCCUCCGCUGUCCCGGCCGACCCUCCACCCCGCCCCCCCUCUCCCGCAGGCGACCCGACCUGGGCCCUGGGUCUGCGCCUGUACCGGGCCGUCCGCUCCGAGCCGGGCUCGGUCAACGCCCUGUUCUCCCCUCUCCUCGUGGCCUCCUCGCUCGGAGCUCUGGCUGAAGGUUCUGCAGGGACGACUGCCCGCCAGGUUCAAGACCUCCUCCGAACGCCAUCCUCCUCCUCCUCCUCCGAGCUUGGGAACCUGCUCUCUUCAGCAUUUAAAAGCUUCACCAAAGCCAACGGGACCGCUUUUCACCUGCACGCGUCCUCGGGGAUUUUCUCCAAGCAGGCUCCUUCCGUCAGCGAGGCCUUCGUGAAGGAGAUCCAGGCCCGGUUCGGGCUGCAGCACGCGCCGCUGGGCAGAGGAGACGCCCAGGCCGACCUGAAGCAGCUCCACGCCUGGGCUCAAGCGGGGCUCGGUGGCCUGGAAGGAGCUGCUCUGGAGGCGGAAACCCAGGCCAAGGCCGGAGCUCUGAUCCUGGCCAACGCGCUGCGCUUUAAAGGCCUGUGGGAGCGAGAGUUCGGCGUGGAGCGGACAGAGCGGCGGACCUUCCUGGGGAGGGAAUACACCAAAGUGACGAUGAUGCACAGGGCAGGCUUGUACCGUCUCUAUGAAGACGUCAGCAACAUGGUGCAGGUCCUGGAGGUCCCCCUGUGGCGGGGCGAGGCCAGCGUGGUGCUGCUGCUGCCCUUCCACGUGGAGCGCCUGGACAGGCUGGAGAGGCUGCUGAGCCCCGAGCUGCUGGCCCAGUGGUUGGAGCAGGCCAGCGUGACCAGCGUGGCCGUGUCGCUGCCCAGGGUCAACGUCAGCAGCGCCCUCAGUCUGCGGAAGCCGCUGUCCGCUCUGGGCCUGGCCGACGCCUGGGAUCCCAAGAUGGCCGACCUCUCUGGCGCGUCGGGAGAGGGCGGAGCGAGGCUCCACCUGGGCGCCGUCCUCCACUGGGCGUCCGUGGAGCUGGACGCCCAGGCUGGGAGGGGCUCCGUGGGGGAGGAGGCCGUGGGGGAGGAAGCGGUGGAGAAGCCCAGGGUGUUCUACGCCGACCACCCCUUCCUGGUCCUGGUCCGGGACCGCGCCACGGGCGCCCUGCUGCUGCUGGGGGCCGUGGACCACGCAGACGGCGAGCCCCUGCACGACGAGCUGUAGCGCCCUGGGACAUCUCCCGCACCCUUGCCUGCAAAGGGAGCGCACGCUGGUUCCUACACGGAGACGCUGUCACUCAGCGCCGUGCAGCGCGGCGUCAGGCUGUGGCUGGCUGUCACUCGGUGACACGGCACAGCCUCCCGCUGACUGACACCGACACCGGCAGACUCACACACACACGCACACACACACACAGCAACCAGCAUGGCGCACACAAAUCACAAUACUGUACUUGACAAUAUUAGGCUUGAUGGCUACAGCAAAAGCACUAACUCUGAGUGGCUGCCUGCGUUUUCCCUCUCCUACGCAUGUGCCUCCGCAGUCAAGGCCGCGGCGAUCAAGUCGACACAAAAGGAAGACGGCGAACAAGAGCGCGCUGACGAACACCGGCGCGCUUGACAGCCGCUGUCUGCGCUGACACAGCACUUAGAAUCAAGUGUAACCAACAGACGCUCCCCGGUCCCGCCUGUCAGGCCGCAACGAGGACGGGCGCCCGGCGGACGGAGAGAUGCCGCGUUGGCAGGGACCUACAGUACGCUGGGUCCCCCGAGAGCCUUCAGAGGAGGACUGAUUGAUCAGGCAAGUGGUCAUUGAUGAGGCAGCUUAAUGCUAAUGGCCCAUAAUGAGUCAGAAGGCUCGUCAACAGCACGGACGGGACGGGGAACCUUUUAAUCUCUUAAUACCAGCAGCGAUCAAUUCCACGUCACUUCGCUUAAAUAUAACGUGCUUGUUACAGCAAUUUGUAGAAGUCAUUGCCGUUUGUGUGUGUUUUUGAUUGAGAUGGGUGACGGAACAAUUGUAUUAUAUCAUAAAGUGCCUUUUUAAAAUUUCAACCUAACCUGCUGUGUGUUUGUCAAUGUCUUCAGCCGAUGGUGACAGACACCAAUCUGUGUGUGUGCGUGUGCUAUUAAUAAAACAUUUCACCACA